AUGCAGUGCACUCCUGAGUCAAACAUCUACCUUGAGAGCUGCAAAGACCAGCGCUGUUAUGAUGACUGCUCUGACAGUGGAUACUCAGGUUUAUUCCAGAGCCCUCGAAGCAUCGUUGGAGUUGACUCCUGUAGAUCCUUGUCUCCAGUAGAAUUAAAUGAAACACCUAAAGAGAACCUAAGGCUUUCUGUCACGCCUGAGGAAAGGAUAAGACAACCAGCCAGAUUUUUGGGCAAAGACUCCAGGGGGUUACCACGACCAUCGGCAGUUAGCUGGUGUGAAACUCCAAAAGUAUACAAGAGGGAUUCCUCAUUGCGACACAGACUUGUAAUGUACCAGCCAACCACAGAUGUAAAAAAUGACAACCCAAGAUCACCUUGCACCAGACGGGCUGAAUCCUCUAUUAGUGUCAGGUCUGAGAACUGGCUCAGUGCAUCAUUCGACUCUUUAGACAUGAUGACGGGAACUUUAGCAUUAAGCACUUUAAAACUAGACCAGGAUCUGGCACUGUCUGGUAGGAAACGUCGUCUAUUCUUCACGCAGGUGAGAACCUCCACUUUGGAAGAUGGUAAAACCAACUCUGGUCACCUUUCGAGUUUUGAGAGAGGAGUUUCGCUCACAUACACAGAUUUCAGUCAGAGCAUUUCUGCCUGUGAUCGUCUUCAUAUAAAGACUCCAAGUGUUAGCAAAUUUCAGCCUGUCUCAUCUAAGGAAAACUCUCAAUCACCAGUCAGCAGUGAGACAAAUGACCUGUUUGAAAGCUCAAGUGUCUUGUGCACACCAUCAUCCAUGCAUACACCCAAAUACAUCAGGUCUGUGUAUGAGGACAGUGGUUUCAGUUCCCUGACCCUUGAUAAAUCCCAAGAUUCAUCAGUGGACCACGAUGGGUCUUUCCAGGAACUGCUUCUCUCUGGCUCCAGAGGAAACUGUGAAACCCAAAAUGUAGUGGAGGCAAAGCGACGCUCCCGUUUUCAGCGCCAGCACAGGCUUUCUACACUUAAAGAAGGUGGCUCUCAGUCUGAGGAAGAUCCAGCAGACACAAGGCAUCAACAUCCUUGUCCCAGCCAUUCUAAAGAAGAUGAGGUUUUUGCUGAUGAUGCUACCCCUUGCAGUGUCCUUAAUGUUAAAUGUGGUAAUAGCAUUUAUUCUGGUGGUUUGGCUGCAGCAAAACAAGACUAUACUACCCCACUUAGAGCUACUACGACCAUGGCAGAAAACAUGACCCCUCAUAGUACAGAUCCUGCUAAUUCAGAUAUCACUCCACACAGGACAAGCCCAGUUGAUCUCUCUCUGACUCCAGCUUUGCAGCUGGUUCAUGCUAUGUGCCAGCACAAAACCCAAAUGUUUGCUGGCCAAAGUCCAAGCCUGAUGGAGCAGCUGAAGUCCACAGCAGCAUUAGUCGAGACUCCUGUGACAUUUAGGACCACUAUGCCACUGGCAGGGCUGAUCGGCAGGAAGAUGGGCCUGGGGAAGGUGGACAUUCUCACAGAGCUUAAGAAGAGGAACCUUAGACACAUCCUGGCUGUCAUACUUGACAACCUGAACUCUGAGAGUGUCUACAGGUGUGGUCAGGUGUGCAAAAGCUGGAAUCAAAUUAUCCAGCAGGACAAACGAGCUCGCUUAAGGAGGAGAAACCACCUGAGUGAAGUGGAGGCUGCUCUUGAGCAUGGGGGUGCUGUCCACGUCUCUGAUGCAGAGACCCGAGUCGCUCUACUUCAGAGGUCAGCCUUGAAGACGGUUCAGGCCCAGUCUAGGACCUCCAGCUACUGCACCCCGCAGUUCGGAAGUCGAGCUUUGACCCCAGUACAGCACACUGCCUUACAUUCAGGCAGCAGCAGCAAACGGGAUAAAUUUCUAGAAGUUGCCAAAACCCUCUUCAACGAUGAGUGCCUUAAGCCUUGCCCCAGAUGUCAAAAUCCUGCAAGGUGUCAUUCAGUGAAACGAGAGGGUGUGUGCAGCAGAGCUGACUGUGGUUUUCAGUUUUGCACCUCAUGUUUGUGCGCUUUUCACAGCUCUAGAGAAUGUGGCAGUCAGUCUGCAGGUCGGCGCAAGAAGGACAUACUUCUUCCAGGAAGCGCUCAAAGCAAGCGAAACGUUAGAAGACUAUGAGUAGAAAGUGUUUUUUGUUUCUGUUUGCAAUGACAAAGUCGCUUGAGCAUUUCUUUUCUUAGAAAUGGUGAAGAUGAAGUGUAGCACCAAGGAAACUGAUUAGUGGCUGGUGUGUGAGCCAUGUCUGUACUCUUUAAUGUGUAUUUAUACCUGUCUAUGUACCUUUUUUCCUCCUUUUUUAACAGUUUUUCCUUUUAUGUUUUUAAUUAUACAUGUGGAGGAGGUCUCACCAGCACAUACAAGUGUUUCUUUUUGCUGUUGAUGUAUUUUUCUAUACACUGACUGUACAGAAUGUUUUUUGGAACUCCUGAAAUUUUUAACUUUUACCAAUGUAUUUCCAGAUCAGCUUUAAAAUAAAUUUGGGAUUGUUU